ACUCAGAGAAGCCUGGGGCAUCCGCAGCUCCACCGCUGCUCGGCUCCGUCCUGCACCCCCAUGGCCCCCCCCAUGGCCUGGCUCCUACUGGGCCUGCUCUGCGCCCUGCAGCCCCCCGGGGUCCGUGGCAACCAUCACCACGGCGACGUGGAACCCCCCCAGCAGGCCCAGGGGCAGCCGUAUCACCACGACGACCCUGGCCCCGGCCACCAUCGCCACGGUGACGUGGAACCCCCGCAGCAGGCCCAGGGGCAGCCGCAUCACCACGGCGAGGAGGAGCAGCCCCACGGUCGCCACGGCGACGUGGCGCUCCCCCAGCAGGCCGAGGGGCAGCCGCCUCCCGAGGCCCCUGGCCCUGGCCACCACCAUCACCACGGCGACGUAGAGCCUCAGGGGCAGCCCCACUUCCACGGGGACCGCCCCCAUCACCAUGGCGAUGAGGAGGAGCAGCCCCAUGAGGCAGAAGAUGCCCCUGGGCCCCGUCGCCACGACGACGAGGAAGAAGAUGCCCCCAGGCGCCGUCGCCAUGACGCUGAGGAGGAUGAGGACGAGGCCCGUUGGCGCCCCCAGCCCGAGGAGGAGGAGGAGGAUGGCCGCCCUGGGCACAGCGAGGAGUCGGACGAGUCCGAGGAGGAAGGGGACGAGUCCGAGGAGGAGGGGGACGAGUCCGAGGAGAGGGUCCUGACGAAGCCCCACGGGGAGGAGAGACGGGCCAGGGCGCGCCAGGGGGAGGAAGAUGAUGAGGGCGAGGAAGAGGAAGAGGAGGAGGAAGAGGACGGCUACCAGCCGGGCUCCGUGUGCCAAUACUGCGCCUUCUGCAAGCACUGCGGGGAAUGCGAGAAGUGCCCAUGCAAGGAGGGUGACACCAGCGAGCACUGCGAGUCCUGCCAGUACUGCCAGUUCUGCUACGUGUGCCCCCUCCUCUGUGAGACGGGCUGCCAGCCAGGAGGCAUCAUGGACCAGCUCUCUGGGGCCUUGGUCCAGUCUGUCUCAUCCAUCUUCGAACAUCAGGAGCAGUGAAAGGCUCGUGGGGAGAAUCAUUUUUUUGGGGGGGGGGGGAAGAACCUGGCUGACCUCUGACCCUUAGGGGUUAAAGGGGGCCAAGGAGCCGGUGGCCCCCCCAAGGGAGGGGGGACACGAGUCCUGCACCUCAAACUGUGCUGCCCCAUGUCACCCCCCCCCAGUGCCUAGUUACAAGGCCGGGGGGGGUCAUCCCCUUUAGGUGGGGGGGCAGCCCCACUCCGAGGGCAACCGGGGGGGAAGCAUUGAGCUGCAGCCCCCCCACGAGGCAUCAUGCAACCCCCCCCACUUACCUCCUGUGAUGCCCCCAUCUCAUCCCCCCCGGACGCUGCCCUGCUCCCCCCAUAAGUGGCCCCCCCAGCAUGAGCUGCAGGACCCCUCAGCA